CAGUGAAGCACACCUGGGUCUCUAGGACACAAAAAAGAGGAGCAUCUAAACCAAGUUCAAAGUUCCUGGGUGACAUUGACACUGAUUCAUUUAAGUUCCUCAGUUUUUCUUGCUCAGGAAUUCUGUUAUUUAUGGCUGCCACAAAAACUUCGAACUGUGAUGAACAUUUCAGUGUGGACAAACUAAAGCAAUGGCCAGAGCCGGAGUCAGUUUCUUUAAUGGAGGUUUUAGCUAGAGAAGACAUUGAUGAAGCUGUGCAUGCAAUAUUAUUCAGAGAAAACUACAUCGUGAAGAGAAUGGAUACAUAUUUUCAGCACCAGGCUGUUUUUAAGGAAAGAAGAAAAGAGAUAUUACAUAAAAAAUGGGUUGAAAAUGUGGCACAGCCUCUACAGCAGAGAAUUAUAGAGAAAGUAAUUUCAUAUAGACCUGGAAAAAGCCAAGAGAAAUAUGAAUACUGCUUAAAGCACCCAAAGAAACCGACGAAAGCCUCUCCAUUGUGUGAGUGUCUGUUUCGAAGACAGCAAGAACUCCGAGAAGCAAAGGGAACCAGUUACCAGCAUGGCACAGGGAAACAGAAUGACACACAAAAAGAACCUAAAGGAACCGGGAAGGCUCCCCUCUUCAGCAGAUCGCCUCCAUUCAUGCUCACCUCCCAUGUCAUUGUUCCCAAAGAGAGGCAGAGAACCUCUGCUCAGUCUGUGCUGAAUAAACCCAGUGGCGCAUACAGGUACAGGGGUGCCCUUUCUGAAAAGCUUGUCUGUACGGCAAAGCCACAUCUGCCCCAGGAAGAAGAGGCCUCCAACCUAAGCCAGCUUGCUUUUGAAAGGCAGUUCCGUUCCUGGAAACUCAGCCAGGAGAAGAAGGAUGCUGAGAAGAAGAGUCCGGCUUUAGGGACCCGACCUCCGAGACCACGCUCCUGGGCAGCAUCAGAUAGCCGCCAAUUACAGAGGCCAGCUGCUGUGGGAAGAAGGGUGAUGACAGCAGAGCUCCUGGGGAAGCAUCUGGCCUCCCUGCAGGGGGCAGCCAGGUCAGGGCUCCAGUGGUCAUAGAGCUACCUGCCUUCACACUGUACAC